UCCCCCGAGACGGCUGCGUGCGCAGUGGGAAAUACUUUGAACCAGGAAGUGCCGGAAUGGCUGCGAAAGACCCGGUCGAGAGUUGGACCGAGGAGGUAGUUUGUUCCAUCUGCCAGAAUAUCUUCACCGAUCCGGUUAUACUGGAGUGUGGGCACAACUUCUGCCGCUCCUGUAUCACACAGAGUUGGGACAGGGAGGGGAGAAACCACUGCCCGGAAUGUAGAGAGGAGUUUACAGGCCGCUCCCUCACGGUGAAUCGGGCCUUGGUUAGACUGUGUGAGAAAGCUCGAGCACUGAGCCCGAAUCUCACAGCGAAGAAAAGUAAACUUCAGUGCGAGAAACAUCAGAAAGAACUGCAACUGUUUUGUAAAACCGACAAGAAAAUGAUCUGUUUGAUUUGCGCGUCUGCGCACGAACACAUGUCUCACAGCUUCGAGCCGAUAGAUGAAGCUGUUGAAAUCUACAAGGAUCAGGCGAAAUCUUCUUUCAAAUCUCUCACAGAAAAAACAUCAGAGAUCCAGAAAAUGGAGCAGAAACAGAAAGAGAGCAUUUCUGGAGUUCAGAAACAGUCACACAACCUUCAGUCACAGGUCACAUCCCAGUUUGGUGAACUGCACCAGAUUCUCACUGAGAAAGGCCAGCGCUUACUCAGAGAUAUCCGGGAAGAGGAGAAGAAGAUUGUAAAAACAAUGGAGAAAAAUCUUCAGGAGAUUCAAGAAUAUUUAAAAUCCCUUCAGGAGGAUCUCUCAAAGCUACAGGAACACACAGACCACAAGGAUGGCAUGAUAUUUCUGAAGGAGGAAGUUGGUCGCAAGAGGAGGGUUAGUGAUGAAGCCAAACUAAUGUCGGUGGAAGAUGGUGCGUUUCCGAUUGAAAAGUUUGAUCGCACCUUUUUCUACAACAUGGCAUUGAGAGAAACAUCUGAUAUCAUCAAACGAGUCUCCGUCACCCUGGAUGUGGAAACAGCGCAUCCGCUGCUCGAGGUGUCUGAGGAUCGGAAGAGGGUGAGACUGACUGGGACACAGAGGAGUCUCCCUGACACCGGGAAGAGGUUUACAAUCUGGCCGUGUGUGCUGGGAUCGGAGGGAUUCACAUCAGGGAGACAUUACUGGGAGGUGGAGGUGGCAGGAAGUCGGGGCUGGAGUCUGGGAGUCGCCGCAGAUUCUGUGGAGAAAGGACGGGUCACACCGGCCCCGGAGACUGGAGUCUGGAGGAUCAGGCGGUGGUUUGACGAGUUUAAUGCAGUCACCUCCCCUCCACUCCAUCUCUUCGCCCGUCCCAUCCCCGAGAGGGUGGGAGUUUAUCUCAGUUACGAGUCCGGGACAGUUUCAUUUUACGACGCGGACACCAAGUACCAUCUCCACACCUUCACUGGGAAUAAAUUCACGGAUAAACUUUAUCCUUUCUUCGGGCCUUGGGAUGAAGACCAGUGGCUGAGAAUCUGCUCCGGUUCCGCUCCGGGUGUGUAAAAGAGUUGGGUCCUGGGACCGGCGUCAGGAGCAAGGCUCAGCCAGGGGCUUUGGGGCAGACUAUGUAGGCAUGAGAGGGGAGCUGGCCAAAGUAGACCGGAAAGACAUCCUAGCAGGAAUGACAGUGGAACAGCAAUGGCAGGAAUUUCUGGGCAUAAUGCGGAAGAUGCAGGAUCAUUUCAUUCCAAAAAGGAAGAAAGAUUCUAAGGGGUGUAGGAGGCAACCGUGGCUGACAAGAGAAGUUAGGGAUAGAAUAAAACUAAAAUAAAAGAUGUAUAACACAGCAAAGAGUAGCCGGAAGCGAGAGGAUUGGGAAACUUUCAUAAGCCAACAGAAGGAAACAAAAUGGGCAAUAGGGGCUGAAAAGAUGAAGUACGAAGGGAAGCUGGCCAGGAAUAUAAAGAAGGACAGUUAAAGCUUCUUUAGAGAUGUUAAGGGAAAAAGAGUAGCAAAGUCAAAGGAAUGAGUAGCAAAGUCAAAUGAGUUGAAUAGGUACUUCGGAUCUGUCUUCACUAAGGAAGACACAAACAAUCUCCCAGGUGUACUGGAGGACAGAGGAUCUAAUGGGGUAGAGAAACUGAAAGAAAAUUUCAUUAGGCCAGAAAUAGUAUUGAGUAGGCUAAUGGGACUGAAGGAUGAUAAAUCCCCUGGACCUGAUGGUCUGCAUCCCAGGGUCCUCAGGGAGGUGGCUCUAGAAAUAGUGGAUACAUUGGUGGUCAUUUUCCAAUGUUCAAUAGAUUCAGGAUCAGUUCCUGUAGAUUGGAGGAUAGCUAAUGUUAUCCCACUUUUCAAGAAAGGAGCGAGAGAGAAAAUGUGGAAUUACAGACCAGCUAGCCUGACUUCGGUGGUGGAAAAGAUGCUGGAGUCAAUUAUUAAAGAGGUAAUAAUGGGGCAUUUGGAUAGCAGUAAAACGAUUAGUCCAAGUCAACAUGGAUUUAUGAAAGGGAAAUCAUGCUAUUUUAAAAAUUAGAAGUACAAUAAUGUAGUACAUAAGUAUCUAAUACAUAAUGAGGUAAUACAGUCCAUGUACAACUUUUUUUCAAAUUUAGCAGCAUAGAACAGAAAAUGAGAGUAGUCAAGAUAGAGGAGAAAAUAUCUAAAGCUGUAGUGUUAGUUCGUGAGAUAGUAAAGAAAACCCAAAGAAGAGGUAGAAGGAGAUACAGUAGAAAAAAGCGAAGAAAAAAAAGACAGAGGGACAGAAAGGAAAUAUAAAAUAAAGAGAUUGAAAGAGAUAUACCUAUUUAAUAUCUUUAUCCACCCCUCACCCGGUUCUGAAACGUUUAAUUUCUAAGGUUGUGUUCCACCGUCUGCUUGUAAAAAGUCGAUAAAAGAAGACAAAAUCAUUAAGAA